GCCGCCCUCCUCUUCCCGCUUCUCGCCGGGCGGCGCUUCCCUCAGAAGCGCGGCCUAGUUUUUUUCCUCAGGCCAUGUCGAGCUACAGCAAGGCCGCGCAGCAAUGGGCCACAUUUGCUCGAGCCUGGUAUCUUUUGGAUGCGAGGAUGCAGCCGCCAGGAAAAAUCGCAGAAAUCAGCAGCAUCAGACUUCAGGGGAAGCAUAAACCUGUGUACCAUGCACUAAGUGACCUUGGAGAUCAUGUUGUCAUAAUAAAUACAAGGCAUAUUGCUUUUUCUGGCAAUAAAUGGGAACAAAAGGUCUACUCGUCACAUACUGGAUACCCUGGUGGCUUCAAACAAGUAACAGCAGCUGAGCUUCAUCAGAAGGCUCCAACAGCGAUUGUAAAACUGGCUAUCUAUGGAAUGCUUCCAAAAAACCUUCACAGAAGAACCAUGAUGCAAAGAUUACAUCUCUUUGCAGAUGAUGUUAUUCCUGAAGAAAUUCGUAAGAAUUUGGUAGAGCAGCUUCCUCAGCCCCGUAGAGUGCCCAAGAGGCUUGAUGAAUAUACGCAAGAGGAAAUUGAUGCUUUUCCAAGAGUCUGGAAUCCACCUAAAGACUUUCGAUGGAGGUAACAGGAAGAAUUUAAAGGAAGGGGAAAUGGAGCCUACGUAUUGUCUGAACACUGCACCUCAUAGUUCAGUCACCUGCAUAAACCUUUGUUUGCUGUAAAUAGUGGAAAUGUUUUUUGAUGUGGACAGCAUUGUUUGGCUAAAAUUAAUGAUGUUUGGGAGAACACAAAGCUGAGACUACAUUUUUUUUUUUAGUUACAACCUUAUUUUGGUAAGUAGUGGCAAUAAAGCUACUUUUCAGAAAAUAAUUUGGAAGGAUGUGCAACCUCUGGCUUUGAGUGAACUUUUUUUUAGCUUAGUUGCCAUGUGAUGUGCAAAAAGAACUGAGCAAAUGUGCUGACUGUUCAGUUGGCACAUUCCUGUUGAAGCCUUCAGUUGACAGUGAUCUCUCACUAAAUCCCAGGUGCUCUGCUCCAGUAAGGGCUUUCACAGAGGCAUCCCUUGCUGGGUUGAGAGCUGUAGAAGCAGCGCCAAACAGCUGGUUCUGUCCACUCCAGCCAGUUGGAGGUGGCUGGAAUGAAUACCUUUUUGUCAGAAGGGAAAGUGAGAGAUACCUGGAUUAAGGGACCCCUAUAGCAAUGUCUGAACUAGCCAUACCAACCAUUUAUGGUGACUGUGUAAGUGACCUGCUGUGAUGGACAUGUUUUGGAUUGGGAUCAGACUAGUUAACCAAAGUUACACUUUAAAGAAUGCAAAGAGAAUGCAGAAAUGGCAGAAAUACAUCAUCCCCCCAAAGUGACGAGUAUUUGAGAUAGGCAGUACAGCUGUUUAUCCUGCAAAAAAUGCUCCAUGGUUGCUUUUAAUUUAUGAGACCAUCUGGGAAAGUCUGUUAACUCUCCUAAGGUUAAAAAGUGACUAGAUUUUGGAGGCAAUUUUGAAAGUGCACAUCUGUCUCUUCCUAUUUCUGGCACAGAUAAAAUGCUAUGAAAUCAGUUAAAUGGGUGUUCCUAGAGAUUUGUUAUUGAAGGACGGUGUGUAAUGCAGUUUUCCUAUGAUGUCAGCCAGUUGUUCACAUAAAGUUAACACAGUUAUCAAGAUUGUGAAUUUAGAAUUGAAUUCUAACACUGUAAAAAGUCAUCCCCAAAGCUCGUAACAAAUAUUUUGGCUGUUAGUUCAAUUUUAUUAUAUGUAUUUGUGUCUGAUACUGUUAGCCAAAAAUUGAAGGUUCAGAGCUUAUAUGAAAUAGAUUCAGUCAUGUUGUGAGAAUGUA